AUGGCUGGUGCAAGUGAGGAAGGUGUGGCUGUGGAGGAGAAUGUACCUCCAGCAGUCGAGGAAGGCCGCAAACGUGGAUUAAGCGGGUCAAUGUCACUUAGGACUCGCAAACUUGGAAGGCGUCUAUCGCGCAGCAUGUCUAUAGUUGCGCUGAAGUUGCCUGAGAAGGCGCAAAGUAUUACUCGCUCCUCUUCGAAGCUUAUGAGAUCUGGUAGUCGCGACAAGAAGAACAGAUCCUUUGAACUUUCCAUCAUACUUCCUGACAAGACGCAGAAACAGGUUACGGUUUGGGGCAACAGCACAAUAGCAGAAAUAGUUUGCGAGCCUCUCCAAGAAGUAGGAGCCGUUGUGGCAGGGCUCCCAACCGGACCAUUGUCAGCACCACAAGUCUUGCCUUUAACGGCACCACUGCCUCCGCCAUCGGCUUUGUCUGCCCCACCCGCCGCUUUGCUGUUCCUCGGCGGCUCUAAAGCGCCAGUGGAUCCCAGGGCACCAGCGUCUGCGUUAGAGGGCGAAGUCAUUGUUGUGGAAAAUGAACCACCGCAAUGGGAUGGCAAAGAUUUGGAGACAUUUCUUGCAUGGGAAAGGAUAUAUGCUUCAACAUUGUUCUCAGCCUUGGAGCUGUAUGGCAAGCCAUUAUUGCGCGCAGCUGUCAUCACACGAGAGGAAUACCAUUUACUGUUCUAUUAUCUUGAAUCUGUGUCAGAAGCUAGUGAAGCCCUAACGGAGAGAAUGCGAAAAUACAUCGAUUCCGGAUUAUUAAUUAGUGAAAGUCGCAACGAAGAUAAUCAGACGUUGGUAGAGUCCAAAAAAAGUGUGGAUGAAGAUGGAUCAGAGAGCCUUUUGUCUGAGCUAAUUAAGGAAGGAAUACUUACUCAAAAGGAUGUUGACUGCACAUCUGUAAUUAUGAACUCAGAAUGCAAUGAACACAACGAGGUUGACCGUAAAUUAGAUGACGCAGACAAUAGUUCUAAUGUAUCAUCUGUAGGUAUAAGUCUUCGUAAGAUAUUAGUGGAUAUUCCAGUAGACACUAAUGAUUCUGAAGUUGACAGUUCAGUGGUAGAAAAUGAAAAUGAAAGCGUAACGUCUGUUUCAUUAAGAAACAGUCGACAGUGUUGUGUUGAUCAUAGAAUAUCAGCCGACGUAUCAGAAAAUGUUUGGGCCAAUGUGCGCUGGAAUUUUCUCAAUCCCUCGGACUUCGGGUAUGAUCAAGUCCGUAGUGUAAAAAGAAGUCGUUCUGAAUCUGCAAUUACACCAGUUUCCACUAGACGGAGGAAUGAAGAAAUAUAUGAAACUCUGCGUACCGAUGAAAAAGAAUCUUGCGGAAGUAUAACACCAUAUGAAUCGAUAGAAGAUUUAUAUAAUUGCAUUAAAAAUACACCUUAUAUUAGCGCAGCUGCAGUGGAAUCGUCUCCAUCAACUGAGAGUCAAUCUGAGCCUCAAUAUCCGGAUUAUGACGAAAAAUCGAUCACAGCUCGACAGAGUUCUGCGAGCAGUGAUAAAAGUGGUACCUCAUCCACAUUUCCCUUUUCCAAAUGCGGAUCGAGCGAUUCUACUGGAGCUUAUACUUCAUGUGAAUCGACAAGUGGCAUCGGCAUUUUUGCUCCUAAAAGCAUCCCAGUGUCUCUCAAAAGCCGUGAACUGCCACCGCCCCCAUCGGAAGGUGAAAUCAGUGAGAGUGCGAUUUUACUCAAGCAACUGUUCAUGGGAGAGCUGUUGGACGCUUAUGGAGAGUAUCUCUCAGCGUAUCCGUAUGCGCGGGCCCUGUUAAGACGCAAAGCACGUCGUGACGAACAUUUUACGGCCCUUGCUGACAUUCGAAGAGGUGCUGCCAAGUACACGAUUGCCGAAUACCUCGAACUGCCGAUCGAGCGCCUCGCGCAGUAUGAAAGGCUGGUCGGUAGCGGGUGUGGGCGAAGAAGGGCGGCGCGCCUCUCAGAUCUGGAGCGCGUGCAGGACUUGUUCCCUCACGACUUCCUCGCGCUGCACGAUGCAGAUGCACCCGCCGCGCUCGCUUCGCAUCACGCACAGAAAUCAAAGAGUCUUCGUAAAAGGCCGAGCCUGGACAUUGGCGGCACUGUCAAUUCAAACAACUCGCUGUCACCACGGACGUUCAUUAUGGAGGCUCCUGUACAGCUGAGCCCAUUAGGAUCGACAUCCCCACCGCUAGAUCGUCAUUUGUUCCUCUUCAGCGACUUACUGUUAGUCGGCAAAUCGCGGGGAACAAAUUGCUUUAAAUUAAAAGAGAGUGUGAGACUGGCAGAAGUAUGGCUUUCAAUGCCAGAAAGCGAUGACACCGGUUUCCUUAUAGGAUGGCCGACUGCUACUGGCAUCGCUAACUACCUCGCUACAUAUCCCACGCAAGCCGCUAGAGAUACUUGGUACAGGAAAAUUCAAAACGCUUUAAACACACAAUUGAAUACAGAGCCAAAGUCUACAAAUAUUCAAAUCUUUUACAAAGAUUUAGCGAGUUCUGUUGAAUUCUGUAAAACGGUAUCAGUGAGUCCAGACAUGAAUGCGCGCUGUGUUGUGCGCCAAGCUCUGCACGUAAUGCAAAACGGAAGUCACGAAGAGAGUGGAGAUGGAGAAGGUGAGGGAGAGAACGAACACGAAGGGAGAUGGGGCUCGCCGAAUGACUUUACGCUUUACGUGAGAACCACUAGGGAUGCGCCGCCUAUACCAUUACAAGGAAUUGAAAGACCGCAUUCUGUGCAGAUGUCUCGAAUCCGACAAACACUAUCAAACGAGGAUGGAUUUGACUUGGAGCACGUCAACGCCAAAAAUAAUCCAUGCGGACUGAUCUUUGAGCUGAGGAAGAAAAACCAAGUUCUGAAGAGCAUUAAUAAUACGCCAGGAAGGGGCCUUCGUCUUUUAAGACGUGGUGGUCGUUUAUUUGGCGUUGCUUUAACCCGCCUCUGCAACGGAACUCCACCUCCUGCAUUGCUUCAAGCUCUUCGCAGAUUAAGAGUCGUCGCUCCCCUUACCCAUGGCGUCUUUAGAAGAAGUGCAAACGCAAAAGCGUUAAGGUUGCUAAGAGAUAAGUUGGAUACACUCGGUCCGUGGGCAGAGAGUUGUACGGAGUUGGAUCGCGCACCUGUACUGUUGUUAGCCGCACUAGUAAAAGAAUUCUUUCGAGCUUUGCCACAACCUUUACUCGUGUCCGAGCUUUAUCCCGCCUGGUUGCAAGUACUCGGUUUACCACAAACGGAGAAAGUUCCAGCGGUGCGGUCUUUACUAUUGAAGCUCCCAAAGGCGCAUUAUAACAUGUUGACGUAUUUCGUAUGCCUCUUACAAGCAAUCGCCAAGAAAUCCAACAUUAAUCUAAUGUGCCCUAUGAACUUAGGGGUCUGUGUAGGGCCAAGCUUAUUAUGGCCUAACAUGCCUUGUGAUAAAGCUCCUAAAGCAGUGCCGAUGAUUGUGGAACUUCUCAUUUUAAAAGCAGAAGCUUUAUUUGGACCGCAAAUUGUUGGUCUUCUUGGAAGCGGUAGUUCGGAAUCUUCAAAUGCCUUACUUGACUCUGGUGCGGAAGAAAGUGACAGCCUCCAUUCUGUAGGAAUAUCACUUGAUUCUAUGGAGUUGUCGACUCCUCGCAAAGAGAAAUUAUCUUUAAGCAGGGAUUCGGGAUUGACGCUUUCAGAAGACGAUUCAAAUAGCAACGGGGGCAACAGUCCGGCACCUCGUAAUAUCCUACACAGUCUUUCGACUCCGACGUGUAAUAUCCAAGAAACAAAAAUGUUACGAUACGCAAAUAAUCCCAACGUCAACGGACUCCCACAAAUAGCUCAAAGAGAUCAGAACAUAUACUCUAACAAAGCUGAAAUUUACAGCACUGUGAACGAGGAAUUGUACAUGAUGCCAUACAUUGGAGAGCGUUAUGUUCACAACUCUAUAAAUAUUAGCAUUGCUAACGGUGUCGACGAGAGAAAUUACGUUUCCAAAUCAGCGAUACAACGCUCAGCGGCCGAUACUUACGCACAGAGCCCAGCGAAGUAUAUAACCGGCUUUGAACCACAGAAACCACCAAGGAGUAACGUGUCGAAAGCAGCUCGGACAUCGAAAGUGUAUAGCAUGUUCGCCGAAACGAAAGAAGUGGAGAAAAACGUAUCCAAUAAGAAUUUCGGCCGCGCAAAAAGCUCCGAUAAUUUACUAGAAACGAAACAAGAAGCGAUCGAGGCAAAACGCGACUUAGUGUCUAGUCAGGAGAAUAUCGUAUAUAGUAACAUACACGACCUCGCCACGUUCACAGAAAAUAUACAAAGGCAAAAUCAAUAUCAAACGCAAUCGGAUAUAAUAACGAAUCUCAACACAAACUACUCUCGCGUAUACACCGGCUGGGAAAAAAAGAGUUCUAACUACAACACAAAAACUAAUUGCGCUUCGGAAAAAAUCUACGGCCAAGUGGGCAAGCAAGGCGACUCCUCGCAAAGUAAACUAGAUGUGAAAACAACACCGGCAGCCACCAUUUUUACAAGAAAUGACUGGUCUCGUCAAGCAGCGAGGACUAAGAGCCUAGAAGUUAAUGAUGAAGGCCACAUCACUAACGGGGACAAAGCUCGCAGCGGCAAUUAUGAAAUUAAUGUCGUGAAUUGUUGCCGAAAGAGGCGAUAUGAUCCCGCGCAUAUGUGCACGAAAAGCUGUACAGCGUCAACUAUGAAUAGCAGAGAGAGUGAAAAGACUACAGCCAACAUGACGCAGAGUUCGUAUCCCUACGUCGAUGACAUCACCAAUAGUAACUCCGAGGAAAACAAGAAAUCAAGAAUUCGCAAUUACAACAACAAACUAAAUCAGUCAAAAUCAUUGGCGAAUAUAAUUCUGCAAAGUGACUCGAGCAGCAACGACACUCUGUACCAACCGCAAAGCUCAUACAAUAGUCGAUCAACUGAUUCGCCUGCCAGUGAGAAUUCCUGUGAAAACUAUUACACAACACAGUACGUCGAGCCACUGUAUACCUCCGUUUAUAACCGAAGAAGGGAUAUAUUCCACGAAGAUAAAUCCACGAACAUUUUCUCAACGGACAUAUACAAAGCUACUCCGACGUCAGUUCAACCAGAUUACGUCGGAGAAAGUGAAGAGAACAACAAUAGUAAUAAGAAACCACCACACGUGCCACCUCCAGUACCGCCUAGGAAAAUGGUGUACCAAAGGGUAUUGAAGAAAUUUCAACCGGUACACGUUAACAAAGAUGAAAAAGCAUCUCGAUCAAAGUCUGUACCACCUUUGUACAGAGAGCCGCCUAACGGCAACGUUAAGAACGUUAUUGCCUUAGAUUGUUCGGAGUCUGACACAGAAUCGGAAUCCUAUGUUUGA